UUUCAUGUGAAGUUUCUCUUUUAACUUUUUUUUUUUCCUCUCUUCUAGUAGUUCCAGUUUACUUACCUUUAAGCAAUCACACUUACGUAUACGUAUAAGUUAAAAGCUUUCAUAAGAAAACUCGCGCUUAUCGUUACAUUGAUAAGUACUACACUUUCUCUUUUCAACUUCCUAUGCUCAUGUGCUUACGCGUAUAAUAAGUAAGUGUAAGGCCAAAGAGCGUGUCAGUACAGAGUACCUAUACAGAGGGAAUCCAAAAAAACUGCAGUGUCAAGUAAAAAGUUAACUGUUCACGAGUCUUGAGUGUCCAUCAGAUAUUCCAGGCAAUCCAGAUACCGAUGCCAUGGUGUCUUCCUUCUGAUCCUUAAACAAGAGUUCCUGUAACAUCAGUUCACAGAGUUGUAUUGUGUACGUUGCCAAAGAAGAGCUGCCUUCAGCUGUCAAUGAACACACUGCAGGCCAGGAAUCGUUCCGUCGUUGUAACGGCAAAAAAAUAAUUAUCAUUGACGCAACAAAGUCAUGAUGAAGAGCCUACCUAAAAAAGAAAGCAAGAUGCGUAUCAGGGCCUUUCCGACGUCUAUGGAUGAAAGAUAUGUAGAAAACAUCUGGGCUCUUCUCAAAAAUGCAAUUCAAGAAAUUCAAAAGAAAAAUAACUCCAGUCUCAGCUUUGAAGAGCUGUAUCGCAAUGCCUAUACAAUGGUUCUGCACAAAUAUGGCGAGAGACUUUACACAGGACUGAAAGAAGUUAUUACACAGCAUUUGGUGAACAAAGUGCGCAAAGAUGUUCUGGAUUCUUUGCACAACAAUUUUUUACAGACAUUAAAUCAAGCAUGGAAUGAUCAUCAGACUUCUAUGGUGAUGAUUAGAGAUAUACUCAUGUACAUGGAUAGAGUUUACGUACUGCAAAAUAAUGUGGACAAUGUGUUUAAUUUGGGACUAAUCAUAUUUCGUGAUCAAGUUGUUAGAUAUGGCAAUAUCAGAGACCACUUGCGCGAAACCUUGUUAGGAAUGGUGGCUCGCGAACGAAGAGGUGAAAUCGUAGAUCGCAUAGCUAUCAAAAAUGCUUGCCAAAUGUUGAUGCUGUUGGGCAUCAACAGCCGCCAAGUUUACGAGGAAGACUUCGAAAGACCCUUCCUCCAGCAGAGUGUGGAGUUUUAUAAGAUGGAAUCACAAAAAUUCUUAGCUGAAAAUAGUGCAUCUGUAUACAUAAAGCAAGUUGAAGCCAGAAUAACAGAAGAAUCAGAAAGAGCUAAGCAUUAUUUGGAUGAGUCAACGGAGAAUCGGAUAGUCGAGGUUGUUGAGGAGGAACUAAUAAAAAAGAACAUGAAAACUAUUGUUGAGAUGGAAAACAGUGGCGUCGUUCAUAUGCUUCAAAACAAAAAAACCGAAGACUUAAGCUGCAUGUAUAAAUUAUUCUCUCGAGUUAAUGAUGGUCUGAACACCGUAUGUGGCUGUGUUUCACAAUACCUAAGGGAAAGGGGUCGAGCUCUUGUUCAAGAGGAACAAGAUGCCAAUACCAAUGCCGUUCUGUUUGUUCAAAAUCUUUUGGAUUUGAAGGAUCGUUUCGAACUUAUUCUACAACAUUCGUUUAGCAAUGACAAACAAUUUAAGCAAAUGAUUGCUUCAGAUUUCGAAUACUUUUUAAAUUUGAACACAAAGAGUCCUGAAUAUCUUUCAUUGUUUAUCGAUGACAAGCUGAAAAAGGGUCUCAAAGGAAUGACAGAACAAGAAAUCGAAGGUAUUUUGGAUAAAACUAUGGUACUAUUCCGGUUUCUACAAGAAAAAGAUGUCUUUGAAAGAUACUACAAACAGCAUUUGGCCAAGAGACUUUUGCUAAACAAAUCCGUUUCUGAUGAUAGCGAGAAAAAUAUGAUUUCAAAACUAAAGACUGAAUGUGGUUGCCAAUUUACAUCGAAACUAGAAGGCAUGUUCAAGGACAUUACUGUCAGUAACACAAUCAUGGACGAAUUCAAAGAACACGUCCUUGCUUGUAAUAUGACAUUAAGUGGUGUGGAUUUAAGCGUACGAGUACUAACAACUGGAUUUUGGCCAACUCAAGCAGCCACUCCCAAAUGCAGUAUGCCUUCCGCACCUCGCGAUGCCUUUGAUGCCUUCAGGCGUUUUUACCUGGGGAAACACAGUGGCCGCCAAUUAACACUGCAGCCCCAGUUAGGUUCGGCAGACUUGAAUGCCACCUUUUAUGGUCCAAAAAGGGAUGACAGCAGCCUCGCUGCUGACUGCCCAACGUCGUCGUCCGGCCGAAACGGAACACCCUGCAUCGCGCGCAAGCACAUUAUCCAGGUGUCCACAUACCAGAUGUGCGUGCUCAUGCUGUUCAACAAUCGCGAGAAGCUGACGUACGAAGAGAUACAGAAUGAAACAGAUAUACCCGAGAGGGAUUUGAUAAGGGCUCUACAGUCGUUGGCCAUGGGUAAAGCAACGCAGAGAGUUUUGCUCAAGUAUCCUCGAACGAAAGAAAUCGAGCCAUCUCAUUAUUUCUGCGUCAACGACAGCUUUACCAGCAAACUGCACCGAGUGAAAAUUCAGACGGUGGCAGCAAAGGGAGAAUGCGAGCCAGAGAGAAAAGAAACUAGAAAUAAAGUUGAUGAAGACAGGAAGCACGAGAUUGAAGCUGCAAUAGUUCGUAUAAUGAAAGAUCGUAAACGGAUGGCGCACAACUUACUCGUCUCGGAAGUUGUGGAUCAGUUAAGAGUCCGAUUUUUACCUUCGCCGGUUAUUAUUAAGAAGCGCAUAGAAGGUCUGAUUGAGCGAGAAUAUUUGGCACGCACGCCAGAAGACAGAAAAGUGUACACGUAUGUCGCAUAAUCCUUAUAAAAAGGAUUUGUACAAACAUGUAAGUGGUUUUAUAAAGUUGAUUCAACAGUUUUAAUUGCAAUCAAGUGGAAAAAUAACGCCUCUGUUUUUCCUUUGCAAAACAGUGUAUUUUUUUCAGAAAAAAAUCCCCCCGGAUUUUGGAGCUUAGUAAGCCAGAUCUUCUUGAAGCGUUACAUUAUAAGUUAUAUAUAUGAAAAAGAAAAAAAAAAAAGAAGAGAACACUGUCAGAAAAUUGAUUAUAAUAAUGAAUUUAA